AUUGAGUGAAUCACAUGUUUGUGUUGUUAUUGUUGUUGUGUUUGACGUUUCACUCAAUGAUGGACUCAAUGUGCGAAUCGAUGUGUGAUUUUUGUGUGUCCAAGAAGUGGAGGUAUCGCUGUUCCCGAUGUCAUCGCCGGUACUGUUCGUCCGAUUGCUUCCGAAGCGCACAACACAUGCAGUGCUCCGAAGAGUUCUUCAGACAGUGUGUCACUCAAGAGCUUAUGAGUCGACGAUUCGAUGAUUCAUCGAAACGCCGAUUAUUGGAAAUACUUCAACGAAAUGGCAGCCAAUUGACGGACGACUUGAUCUCUGGUGAGGAUAACACCGAAGACAUUGUGGAAGAGGGCGAUGAUAGUGAAGACACUUUUGAAGCACGGUUUAAACACUUGGAUAUUAAUGACUCGCACUGUCUGUGGAACCAAUUGAGUGAUAGUGAGAAACAAGAGUUUAAUGAACUCCUAAAGAGUGGCAAAAUCGGCGAUAUAGUGGAUGUCUGGAAACCGUGGUGGGAGUCAGCCAGCAAUGACUCAACUAAACCAUUGGUCACGCCUUUAGACGAGCCAACAGUGGCUCAGACAUCAGAUAAUGUGCCAAAUAUUCCUCAAUUGGUCUCAAAUAUCACUAAAUUAGAAGAACUCAUUUCUAAACCGGUGUCACCGACAGUGUGUCCGGCGGUCGUCAACACACUCUUCAGCUAUUGCUAUAUCUGUCGCGUAUUUAAUGGCGAAUAUGAUAGCAUUGAAUCCAUUGAUGUGUUUGUCAGCAAAUGUCCGCAACUUUGCAAACGUAUUAAUUGCCAAGAUUUGAGUCAAUCGUUGCAAAUGUGUGUCCAGGAAGUGAUGACAGAACAGCCCUCGCAGAUGGCUAUCCAACUGCUCUAUGAUCUCAAAUGUCUCAUCGAUGGACCGAAACUGAAGACUCAGUGCUCGGAAAGUCCUGAAUAUGUUUUGAGAGCAUUGAAUGAUUUGAUAUGUAUUAUAAACAAAGUGAAGACUAAAUGUUCAAAAUCUAAGCGAAAGGACAUUGAAUUGUUGGCCAAAAAGUUGCAAUUCUAUAUGAGUUGGUCUGUGGCUAAUGGCUUGUCUUUGGUUGAGACCACCGUUCAAAUCAAUCUAAUGAUUGAUACAAUGCUUUUAAUGGAAAAUUCAAAUCAAUUGCAAGAGAAUAGUGAAGAUUUAAGAACCAAAUUACGACCGAAAACAUUGAUAACAGAAAUUGAUUGAAAAAACCCAAAACUUGUAUAGAAUUGAUUGUGAAGUACUUUUCGGAAAGUACUGACAAAUUAAUUAUUGAAUAUAAAUUACCUGUAAUUGAAAGCAUUUUUAUGUGUUUUCUUAAUGCCAUCCAUAUUGGAGGUCAACCCCUCGACUACGGUAAUAAACAUUGCGAGUGCUAUGAUAGCAAUGAUUUCGUAACUUUUAAAUGUAUUUCCAAUUUGUUUAUAACUUUGCAAACAAAAUCUCUUAUCUUAGCAAAUUAUGAAUUUGUGUUCAGCCGUAAAG